AUGUGGAAAUACCAUCGUAUGAGCGGCUAUACAUUUAUUGCUCUCAUCACUACGGAGCUUCUUCUUGCUUUCUGGGAAGUAAAAUGGAUCUGGCGCGUGGCUACUGUGCCUCUGAUGCUGUGUGCAACUAUCCUAAUCGUUCUCAUGGCUUACGGCAUGAUCAUGCGUAUUCGUCCAUCAAAGAUGGGAUUUUAA